GAUCAAAUUAAAGCCCCAUUUUAUGGUGUUAGUUUCAAUAAAUUUGACAAUUCUGGUGACUCAAAUUUUGCUAUAGUUGGUGGCUCUACAAUUAUAGUCGUAUCUAUCGAUGGUAGGAAAUCUUCAGAACCGAAUUUAUAUCAAUAUGAGCAGGAUAUUGUUCCUUUAAAGGAUCCUGAAAAUUUUUAUUGUUGUGCAUGGAUAUAUGAUCAAGAUACUGAUUCACAAUGGAUUGCCGCUGGUGGAUCUACAGGAAUUAUUAAAAUCUUGGAUGUUUGUACAGGACGUUUAAUAAAGCUAAUUCCAUCAUCUGUCAAAUGCAUGAACAAGAAACUUAUUGGACAUGGAGAUGAAAUUAAUGAAAUACAAAAUCAUCCAAGAGAUACAAAUUUGUUAUUUUCAGGCAGUAAAGAUUUUUCAAUAAGACUAUGGGAUUUGAAAACAUGUCAACCAAUCGUGAUAUUUGGUGGCGAGUGUGGACAUCGUGAACCGGUUUUAAGCAUUGAUAUACACAUAUCUGGUAAUUUCUUAGCAUCUGCUGGGAUGGAUCAUGCAAUAAAAAUAUGGACUUUGUGCACACCAAUUAUUCAAAAUGCAAUCGAUGUAUCUAAAAACAGUAAACCACAAAGAUAUAGCGGACAGUGUUGUACCACUGGUGAUUAUAUUAUAACACCACUUUUUGUGCAUUUUCCAAUAUUCUCAUCAAUUGAUAUACACAACAAUUAUGUUGAUUGUGUAAGGUGGUAUGGCGAUUAUAUAUUGUCUAGAUGUGCUGCGACAACUACUAUAAUAAUGUGGAAACCAAAAAUUAAAUUGUCACCAGUCGAGGACAAGUCUACAAUAACUAGUGUUGUUGUUGGGGGUCCAAGUAAGCCCUCAACAAGUUAUGAUAUUCAUUGCGAAUUAGAUUUUGAAAAUUGUGAUAUUUGGUUUCUACGUUUUACACUGUCACCUGAUCAAGAGCAACUUGUCAUCGGAAAUCAAACAGGGGAUAUAUUUUUAUGGGACAUGAAUCAAAUAUCAAAUAGAAAAAACAUUAUUUAUCUAAUGUAA